AUGUCUACAGAAGAAACUGCAACACUUUUGCCAAUGGGCUCCUUCAAAGAGAACCCGUCAAACCCGUCAAAUAUCACUUUGAAAACGGAUGAAGCGCAAGUUACUACAACCACUUCAACGCCAACUACCACACAGACACCUACUUCUUCGGCUGCAGCUACAAAUACACCAAUCACCACCGUUCCUGUGACAACCUCUGCACAGACACAGCCGAAAGUUGUAGCUAUGACUUCGAUCCAACAAAGUUCAGGUGGUCAAACCAACAUCAUUCCAGUGCAACUUUCUGGUGUUAACCCAAAAAACGAUCCGGUUUCGAUCCAUCCUACUCCUUUACCUAUUCAACCAGCACCGCUUACCCCUCAACAUGGUCUCCAACAACAAUCUCCACAGUCUCAACAACAUACCCCCAUGCGAACUCACUCAAUGUCUGCGACGACAACACCUCAGACGACACCAAGUGGAAAACCGCCUGUGGGAAGUGAAGAAUGGCAUCGACAACGUCGUGAAAAUCACAAAGAGGUUGAACGUCGUCGUCGUGACACGAUCAACGCUGGGAUUAACGAGUUGGCCAAAAUUGUGCCUGGAUGUGAAAAAAAUAAAGGAAGUAUUCUCAAUCGAGCAGUUCAAUAUAUUCAACAGCUCAAGGAGAAUGAAGCUGCUAAUAUCGAAAAAUGGACAUUGGAGAAGCUGUUGACUGAUCAAGCUAUUCAGGAGCUACAGACGCAAGUGGAUAUGCUCAAAAGUGAGAAUAAUCGACUCAGAGUGGAACUAGACGAAUUACAGGGGCCUACAAAGAAGAAACAGCGAACUGAUUAA